AUGCUGACAUUCUUCGUCUGUCGUCUGCCUCCUUGGAUCUUCUUACUUGUGCCACAAGUGAACGAUCGCCAAAAUGACCAGGGGAGACGAACAUACAGCUACAUUCACUACAGUCUGCAUACGUUGUCCUUGUGUGCCCCCGCCAUCAAUCCGUUCCUUUAUGCUCUCCUGCAGCAGUCGUACCAGCAGCAUCUUCCGGCAAACCUGCGUUGUAUGUUGUGGAUUAUUUCUAUUAGUAAGCGAGCGAAGCCAGUGGCAGUGACUCCUGCAACCUUGCCCUCCUGCGGCACUCUCACCACCUUGCCGGAUGUCGCUGGCAACUCAACCUUCGCCAAGUCGAGGCACGAGAAGCCGCAAACGAAACGUUGCCCGAGCACUACCUGGUGUGUGAAGGACGUGAAGGAUGUCCCGGGCAAAGAGCAGGGUAAUCCCAGGCUCCCUACGGUCGAGGAGGAGCGGAGUAUCGACAGCGUGAGGUUAGACAGGGGGUCGUCAGUGCUUGUGCGUAGGUAA